CAUUAUUAUUUUAGGUAGUAAACCUUUUAUAAAGUAAAAUUUUAAACAUGAGAGUUGUGGCUCUAAUCAGUGGUGGAAAAGAUAGCUGUUUUAACAUGAUGCAUUGUGUUGCUCAUGGUCAUGAAAUUGUUGCUUUGGCCCAUCUUAAAUCUUCUCUUGUUGAUGAAAUGGACAGUUAUAUGUAUCAGACUGUUGGACACAAUGUAGUCGAAUUAUACUCAGAGGCAUUAGGUGUUCCAUUAUUUCAGCAAUCCAUUUUAGGCUCAGCAGUAUGUCAAUCUUCAAUAUACAAAAUUGAUAAACAUGAUGAAGUAGAAGAUAUGUAUCAACUUUUAAACAUGAUUCAGAAUUCUAUUGAUUAUGAUGGUGUUUCUUCUGGUGCUAUUCUUUCUAAUUACCAACGUGUGAGAGUGGAAAAUGUAUGCUCAAGAUUAAAUAAACAAUCAUUGACAUUCUUGUGGCAAAAAGACCAAGUAGAACUUUUACAAGACAUGAUUAAUAAUAGUGUCAAUGCAAUCAUAAUCAAAGUUGCUGCCCUUGGUCUGGAGCCAAAAAAACAUCUUGGCAAAAAUCUUUUUGAGAUGCAAGAUCACUUAUUAAAAAUGAAAGAAGCGUAUCAACUUAAUGUUUGUGGAGAAGGUGGUGAAUAUGAAACUAUGACACUUGAUUGUCCUCUAUUUUUAAAGAGAAUAGUAAUAGAUGAAACUAAGAUCAUAAUCCAUUCAGAUGAUGCUUUUGCUCCAGUUGGUUAUCUUUCAUUUAAGAAGAUGCAUCUCGAAGAUAAAGGCAUGGAUUCAAAUCUCAGUUUGUUUUCAAGAUUAAAAUCAAUUGACUUAAUAAGUCAAAAAGACUUCAAAAGCAAGUUUUGUUUAAAAAAGUUGUUUAAAAGCUCACACAAAAACGAUGGAAAUACAUUCUUACAUAAAAGACAAAAUGUUUUGGUUAAUGAUUUGGUAGCUUAUGAUGCCAGAUGUUUGGAAUGGAAAAAAAAUGACAACACAUUUUGUAUAAGUGGCUUAACUUGCAAAAAUGAUGGAUCACUCGAGUUAAAUACUCAUACAACUCUUUCUAAAUUUAAAAUGUUGUUACAAGAAAAUGGAUUAAGUCUUCAAGAUGUAUUUCUUAUAUAUCUUUAUGUAUCAGAUAUGGGUGAAUUUGCUAAAAUCAAUAGUGUUUACAAGACUUUUUUUGUUUCUGAGCCACCUGCAAGAGUAUGUAUACAGCUAAAUAUGCCAAAUGACAUCUUAUUUAAAAUUGAUGCAUUAGCUGUUUCUUUGAACACCUUAGAGAAAAAAUCUCUCUUUGUGCAGAGUAUUUCUUACUGGGCACCUGCCAAUAUAGGACCGUACAGCCAAGCUGUAAAGGUGGAUUAUAAUACUUAUUAUUCUGGUUCAAUUGGACUGCUACCUCCAUCUAUGACUCUUAUUUCAGGUCCUAUUGAGCAAGAAGCUAUGCUGUCUCUUUAUCAUACAAAUCAAAUUGCAACAGCCAUGGAAAAUAUUGACAAAAAACAAUGUGGAAAUGUGAUGUGCUUUAUCACAGAUGCCACUUUUAUUGAUUCGGUUACUGCUGUUUUUAAUGCACAAGAUAUGUUCCCAGCUACAAAUUAUUUGCUAACUGUUGCUGUUGUACCCCAACUUCCAAAAAAUGCUCAAGUUGAGUGGCAUGUUAUUAGUCAUUGUUGUGAAAGUAAAAAAGAUAAUAACGAAGAAAUAAAUUAUGAAUAUUACAGAAACUGCUGUUAUCACGGGUAUUACUUUUUCAAGUUAUCUCUUAAAUUAGAAGACCUCGAUAACAUAUUUUUACAAUGGUUAACUUCAUUUCAAAAAAAUUGUGUGGAGAUGAUUCAGUUUAUGUACAUAGCUAUUGAAGAUGAUAAGAUUAAAAAAUUAAUUAGCACUUUAGCAACAUCCGAGUUGGCUGUUUCAUACGUUAAUGUGAUUGCUCUACCUAAUGAUGCUAUUGCUGUCAUUAAUGCAAGAUGGCGACAGACUAGUAAAUAAAAACAAUGCAUUUAUAAAUGUUAUGAUUGGUUUUUUAAGUCAAUCGUCAUUAUUGAUAAUAACAAUGUUUAAAAAUAACUUUUUGAA